CACGUAAUAUUUGCGGUUAAUAUUCGUAACUAAUAUUCAAUACUUUGACUAUAUAUGGGCCAAUAUAUCCAAUGUUCAAAACAGAACAUACAUAUGCAAAGAAUCCAAAGCAAACAACACUUCUGAACUUUGUGUUAGGGGACCCACGAAACUUGGAGCGAACUCCAAACACAAGCAUUGAUCGGUUUUGUCUUUAACAUCUGUUGUUUCUUGCAAAUUAAUCAGACCAACAGCGUUUGCAAUGGAGACUCUAGUGGCCCAUAUCAUCCUUCCUCUGAUCACGUGUUCUAUGUUGUUCAGUUGUCUCGCUACCUUCGUCCAGUUUGUCUCCAGCCAAAACACCCCUCAGUCACAUCCAGAUGCACCAGUUAUCAGCCUUGGUCUCCUUGACCUCGGCCUUGUUGUUCUUUUCAUUCUUCAACACAAGGUCAUGUCAACAGACAAGUACAAGAGAUUCCUGGAGUACUGUGGCAUCACUGUGGUAGAGAGACUCAUCCAUGUGGCUGUCACUUCUUUCACUCUCAUGACAGUGAUGUACCUGUGGGAGCCCAUCACCAGCCCAUACCUGUGGUACUUUGACACAAGUGAGAGGUUCUUCCUCUGGCUCUUCUUCCUCCUCCUCCAUGUGUUUGCCUGGACUCUCAUGCUUCUGGAUGCCAUCACCAUGGAGCCGCUAGAGAUGCUAGGACUCAAGCAGAUCUACAACUACCACAUGGAGCUCGGCCCACCUCUGCAGUAUCUCCCCAAGAUGCUGCAGCGAUGUUACCGAAGUGUGCGGCAUCCCGGCCCGGUCCUGCUGGUGCUUGCACUGUGGGUCCACCCCCAGAUGACCCUGGACCGACUGGUCCUCAGCUACCUGUUCACGUGGUUCCUGUGGUGCGGGUACCGCAUGUCCAGCAGUCAGUACCGGCAUGUCAGUCACUGGUUACUGGAGGCCAGGGAGGAGGUGGUGUUCCACACCAGACACCAGGUGUCCGGUGGACGCAGACUGGACGGUGCAGACUCGGGCUGUGAAGUGGAGUAUUCAGAAUAAGGUCUGGAUCAAAACGAGGUGUAAUUGAAGUUGAUUCUUGUGUUUGCCAGGAUGCUGGCCUAGAUCUGGCCUGUCUGAUCUAGAGAGAUGGUAGAAUUUCAGGCUUUUUGAGGGGUGUAGCUAAAUGUUAUCACAAGAGGGGCAAGUAAAUGAUUCAGGUUAUUAAGUUGCAUCCCUGGUUUUGUACUUACCGUAUUCGACGCAAUAAGCGCCAACGGCGAUAUUUGCUAAUAUAUUGGCUAGUGAACAAUUCCAAUUAGCACCCCUUCCAAUUGAUCAAUGUCAACAAGACUUAUUUAUUCGCGUAUAAUACACACUCGUGUGUUAUAUGCACCCUUAAUUAUGGGCAAAUAAAUUCUGGAAAAAUAUAUCUCUCGUAUAUAAACAUUUCAGGCUGUCAGCAUAAACCACAAAAUUUAUCUUUCAACUCAAUUACGUCGAAUACGGUAUCUUUCUGAAGAUAAAUGUAGGCUAGGGUUGGACAGAUGUAAUCAUUUCAGUAGCCGACCGUGCCAGUAGGGCCAUCACUGUUCAUGGAUCAUUUACUUGGCAAUGAAUAACUUCUUGUCACACCUUCAUAUUGCAAUUAUACUGCCAAUUUCUGGCCAUGACACCAGUUAAAGGCAAAAACAACAACAUAGUACCCUGGCAUUUCAUGUGUUCCACCAGCCUGUCAGACCAUGCUAAGAUCAUCACAACUUGUAACAUAUUGUAACAUUUAGUCUUGUGACUGUUGUAGUGCUAAGAUCGCUUCAUGGGACCUGGGUCUUGAUUGAUGUUCAUUUGCAUUAGGGUCUAGUGGAUAAACGUAGUCAGACCCUGAAAGCAGCACUUCUCAGCACACCCAGUUCAUUAUUGUUGUGAUGCUAUGAAACUAUGUACUAUAAACCAUAACUUUUCAGUAGUUCUCCAUCAUAGUUUUAAAUAGCCUACCUACCUAUUUUGAAAUUAAUGUAAUUAGAAAGACUAAAUUAUUUUUUCGACCCUAUACCUCUAAAAUGAAAGGCUGGGUUAGAAAAUCACUAAGAAGAGAAUUUUCGAGUGGAAGUGGCAGAGAAAUUAACCCAAAUCAUUUAGAAAGUGGACUCCUGAUUGUCUCAAGAAUCCAUGAAUUCUUCAUUCAGAUUGUAUGAGAUCUAAAGAUCUGAUUGUAAUGAGGUUGGGAACAUGCCCUGCAUCAACUGGAUAUGUAGUGGCUUGUUUCACCAUUACGUGUGGGUCAAUGUAUCAUAUAAUACUGUAUUCUCAACAAAAAUGUUAGGGCCACUGGUAUUUUCCAGGGUUGAUAAUAUCAUAGUCAAUUUUUUACCAGUGUAUGUUUUCUUGAGAUGCAAGAAGUUUACUUUAAUGGUCUUUGAAGCAACUGGAAUAAACAAAGAGGUAUGAGUGGAAAGCUUGCCACCAAAUACCAGAGCUUGGCUCAAGAAAACAAUGUACCUUGUAUGUAUGUUCGUUCUCAAGGACAUCGGCAACAUCCUACAACCUGGCUGGAACAUCUGCUCUAUCAGCAAACAUCCCAAACCACCCUCGAUGAUCCAGUGUACUUCCACUCUAAGGAUAAAUACCCUGGCCCCAUUUGCCACUAUAGCUUUGUUUGGAAUGUGUUAAACACAGUUUAAAAUUAGCCAUAAAAAUAGCCGCCCAAUCAAGUAAACCUGUUAUUUCAUGUUUGAAUUAACCAGUGAUAACCAAUAUUUGACUUGCCGUUGCAUGAUGUCUGUAACACAAAUGCAAACAUAAACAGCCUUUGAAAUUCAUGCUGGUCUGCUAGCCCUCGACUUCUAAAUUGUGCUGAGGACAAGUAAGAAUGCAAUGAUGGUAGACCUCAUUGACUAGAAGCAUCAGAGGGCUCUAACUCAGAACCUGUUCUUAAUGCUACAAAUUGGAAGUGAAUAUAACUGAAGUAAAUGUAAACAGUCGACAGUUUUGUCUUGUUGCAGAUUGAGAUGGUGACAUCACUACCUAAAUUAAGCUAUGAUGGAGAAUAGGUCAAGGUAAAAUGGAGAUAUGAUACACUUGAUACUCUCCCGAUUGAUUGAUUGAUUGAUUGAUUCCCACAGAAUACUCCAUUGCCCUUGAUUUCUUGUUUCUAGUGUUCUGUGUAUCUGCAUUUACAGUUUGUGCAAUACUUAUUAUCUUAAUAUAUUAAAACUUUGGAGUAAACACCAUACAUUGAAAGAUAAGGAAUGCAAAGCUUUUUAUGUAGCAAUAAAAAGGGUCUUGUCUUUCAUAUGAUGUACAGGAUAUUUUUUAUCAUUUUUGAAUGAACUGUUGAUAUUGUUAACUGAUCUACACGUAAGGAACAAGAUAGUUUCUGAUGUCACAGUAGUGUUAGUUAUAGUCACUGCCGCUACCACAGAUCUAUAAACUUUGGAGUACACACCAUACAUUGAAAGAUAAGGAAUGCAAAGCUUUUUAUGUAGCAAUAAAAAGGGUCUUGUCUUUCAUAUGAUGUACAGGAUAUUUUUUAUCAUUUUUGAAUGAACUGUUGAUAUUGUUAACUGAUCUACACGUAGGGAACAAGAUAGUUUCUGAUGUCACAGUAGUGUUAGUUAUAGUCACUGCCGCUACCACAGAUCUGCAUGCUACUUUUAUCUGAUAUUUUUCUAUUGACUUUUUAUAUUUUGUAUACACCAUAUAUGUUUUGCUGUGUACAGUUCUUUCUAAGAUGUAAUAAAGCAAAUUUCUUAUGAAA